AUGCCGACCGCCAAAGCGAAAGUGGGUGACCUGGUCUUGGCCGAGGCCGACGCAUGGGAGACGGUGGAGGGAAACGUCUACUUCCCCCGUUCCGCGAUCAAAGAUCCCAAUGUCUUUGUGGGUUCUGAUACAAAGACGUACUGCCCGUGGAAGGGCGAGGCGGAGUACUACUCUGUCAAGAAUGGUGACGCCGUCAUCAAAGACGCCGCCUGGUACUAUGCGACUCCGAAGGAAAAGGCGAUGAACAUCAAGGAUCACAUUGCCUUUUACAAGUCUAAAGUCCAAGUCUCGGUUGAGUAG